AUGCCCUCUUCGAUUGUGGAUCUGCGACGGAGAGACGAAGGAUGGAUCUUUGAACAAACCUCCACCAGCGAAAGUCAAGCCAACGAAGAAGAAGAAGGACGAACAGUACGGAAUAGUUCUCUCUGGCACGGGACUCGAGGCACUCAAUCUUCAACCGAGCCAUGGAAGCUCGCCGUCGUGCCUGAGCCUCUUCUCCGACGACAUAAGGCUUCUCUGGCAGUGUGCGAUUGCGAGAUGACGUCUCACCUUACGGUCCGAGCACUCUCCUUCUCCUCGGGCGGUAACCCGCGGGUUGAUCGAAGUGAAGCCCACGACUUUUGGGUGAAGCAAGUCUCGUCGAUGGCCAAGCCCCCGCCACCGUCUGAGCCUCCGGAUCCGCCGGACCCUCCGUGUCGUUGGCUUCAUCUUCUGCUCCUUCGAUGGCGAGACCCAAUCCCCGCAAAGAUCCCAACCCGUCCCCGCUUGCGCAUCCCUUACCGGGACAGUAGCUCCGGAGCGCGGCCAUGGCUCUCCUCCGAUCCUCUGCUAUCAUCACCCCUCUCGCUUCACCCUCACCGUUACCGAGCCUCCAUCAUUGUCCACGGAUCCAAUUCCCACUUUGUCGACGACGAGAUAUUGUGGUACAGAAGCGCCGCCUCCACCUCGCGAUCUCACCUUCCAACUGUAUCACCGUCGGCUCUCACCGGAAUCUCCCCCGAAUCUGAACGUCACCAGAUUGGGUUGGAGCUCGGCUUGGAUUCAACGGCUCACCACCUCAUUUGUCGGAUUCCGCAACAUCUACACCCUAACCCGACCUGUUGGUCACCACCGAUCUCCUUUGGCGGCCGCCGGAACUAUAAUCGCCGGCAAGGACUCACUGCAAAAAUUCGUGGUCAACAACGACACUUCCGUUGA